AUGUCCUCGUCCCCGCGGCUCACCGGUUAUACACUGCGCCCCUCCGAGACGUCCACCACGGUGUCGAUCACCCUGAACAGCUGCGGCACGGGCAUCAAGAAGCUGAGCAUCAACGACAGCAUCAAGUCCGCCGGAAGUACGAACUCGGGCGGGGAGUCGACCGAUCCGCUCGAGUCCGAUUUCAGUGGCGAAGAAGAGGAGGUGGAAGAGGAGGAGGAAGACGAAGAGGAAGACGAAGAAGAAGAGGACAGUAUUCGGCAGGAUCACCGGAAGGGUUCCGAAAGUGUACCGUUUAGAUUGGGAGAAAAGCCGGCCAAGGACACCACGGUGCAGGAGGCUGACGAGGAUUCGGAUUCGGAGGAAAGUUCGGAUAACGAACCAGCAAAGUCCGGUUCGCCCGGCAAACUAAGCACACACCGGAAACAGAAGUCUCUGUCUUCGGUCGAGGCCGAAGAGGACGAACCGGACGAGGGGGAGGAAGAGGAGGAGGAGGACGAAGAGGAGCCGGAGCCCCGCCUCAGCCAGCAGCAGCAGCAGCAGCACCGGAAUGUCCUCGCCAACCGCCAGCGACUCCGGAGUCACGACGAUGCAGACGAUGACGAUGGUGUUGAUAUUCGGCGCGGCGGCGAUAGCGAUGACGACGGUGGCGAUCUAUCUGAUAAGAAUAAUAAUGUCGGCGCAGCUGUUCGCCGCAAACAACCGCAGGACUAUGCUCUGGAUGAUUUUCAAAUACUGAAAACGAUCGGAACUGGCACCUUCGGACGAGUGUGUCUGUGUCGGGACAAGAUCACCGACAAGCAUUGGGCCAUGAAGAUCCUGGCGAUGGCCGACGUCAUCAGACUGAAGCAAAUUGAGCACGUUAAGAACGAGAAAAACAUUCUGCGAGAAAUCGACCACCCGUUCGUAGUCAACAUGCGGUGGCACACCAAAGACGACUGCUGCCUGUACAUGCUGUUUGAGUACGUGAGCGGUGGCGAACUGUUCUCUUAUCUGCGCAACGCGGGCCGCUUCGAUGCGGUCACGGCCAAUUUUUACGCCUGCGAGAUCGUCCUUGCCCUCGAGUACCUGCACUCGCUGUCGAUCGUGUACCGGGACCUGAAGCCGGAAAACCUGCUGCUCGACCGUGACGGCCACCUGAAGAUCACCGAUUUCGGUUUCGCCAAGAAGCUGAAGGAUCGCACCUGGACGCUCUGCGGCACGCCCGAAUACCUGGCGCCGGAAAUCAUUCAAUCCAAGGGCCACAACAAGGCCGUCGACUGGUGGGCUCUCGGCGUACUCAUCUACGAGAUGGUCGUUGGCUACCCACCGUUCUACGACGAUAAUCCGUUUGGAAUAUAUGAGAAAAUUCUCAGUGGCAAAAUCGAGUGGUCGCGACACACGGAUCCCAUUGCGAAGGAUCUCGUCAAAAAGCUGCUGGUGCUGGACCGGACCAAGCGUUUGGGCAAUAUGAAGAACGGAGCGGAGGACGUGAAAAGACAUCGGUGGUUCAAGCACCUGGACUGGAACGUCGUGAUACGAAAGCAGCUCAAGCCACCGAUAGUUCCUAAGUUUGCGGCCGAAGGCGACGGCGAUACGAGCAACUUCGACGACUACCCCGAAACGGACUGGAAGUCGGCGCGGUCGUUGGACAAACUGGAGAUGCAGCUGUUUGAAGACUUUUGAGCGCACAGGAUACGGACCGGAAACAGCUCCCCAGCAGAAUGGUGUACAGAGACCGUUCUAACCUCCGUCUGUUUCUAAAUGCUAUCGAACAGCGGAGGCUGCGAACGGUGCCCACUAGGUUUAGUGUAUAGGGAAAGGAGCGGAAGCAUCCUAAAGUGGCCGGGCCCACUCGUAGUCGAUAUUGAACAAAAUGCACCUAGGAAUAAGACACACAUCGCUUUUCUUGGAAAAUGUGCAACCGACGUAAGACGAUUAUGGUUUAAAUCCUAUUCUUUCGUCCCCAAUGUUUACUGUGAUAGGAAAAUGCACACGGCAUAGCAUCGCUACGUGCUACUACGAUAGGUUUUAACCCGCAGAAACCCGUGAAAUGGUUACUAAGAGACCGAGAAAGCCGCCAUCAUGUACGUGUGUUAGAUUUAGUUUAUUUCAGCCCCUUCAGCUUUGAAUUCAAGAAAGGAGCAAAAAGGACGUUAGUCAUAGGAAAAUGAACACGAUGACGCUACUCAAAGAAUACGGCCAUAGGAUACGCAGAAAGAGGCAGGGAAAAUGGGGUUUGUUCGAGAACCGCACACACAUAAUUUAGCUAGUACUGUUGUU